UGGAUUGGCAACACGUGGUGGGAAACCUGUUGCUCGUGUGAGUUUGAGAACGGAACGUGAAGAAGUUAUUAGACGUCGUUACGAAAGAAACGCAUGCAAUUGACCUCUCGACAUCGCCUCGAUGUUGCAAUUACAAGACUGAUAAAUCGAGAUAUCCUGACGAUUCGUUUGCCAAUUCACUGGGGGGUCUCGUUGAACGUAAUCUCGUUCAACAAACCAGUACCAAUCAUGGGUAUCACAAGACUGUACAAGAGUCCUGGCUUGAAACCAGGACAGGUGAGAAACAAGUGUGAGAAUCUUAAACGGAAAGUAGCUCAGAUUACUGAUUUGCAAACAGAGUUGUGCUAUUAUAUUGAAACUAAUGAAUCUUUGACUGAAGAGGAAUCGAAAGUGCUGCAAUGGAUCUUAUCUCCGCCUUUAACGUCGAACGAUUUAAAAGACACGAGUAUAUUCGACGAGAAAUCGAGUAACUGCCUUACGAUAGAAAUCGGACCGAGAUUGAACUUCUCGACGGCGUUCUCAAGCAAUGCCGUGUCGAUUUGUAGAUCUGUACGUUUAAAUAAAAUAAUAAGAAUCGAAGUAGCCAUCAGAUAUCGUGUUUCAUACGAGAAUGGAGCAAUCAACGAACAACUCGAAGCUGAUAUUACAGACUUGUUACACGACAGAAUGACAGAAUGCAGAUACACGAAACCGUUGGAUACGUUUGACCAUGGGUUUCGACCGGACAACUGGUUCGAAGUCGACGUUCUGGAGGAAGGGAGAGCAGCGCUGGAAAAAGUAAACUCAAAGCUGGGCCUGGCAUUCGACAAUUGGGACUUAGACUUUUACACGGAUUUAUUUCUGAACAAAUUGAAGCGGAAUCCGACGAGCGUCGAGUGCUUUGACUUGGCGCAAUCCAACAGCGAGCACAGCCGCCACUGGUUCUUCAAAGGUCGUAUGAUCAUCGACGGCGAAGAAAAGAAGGAGUCUCUGAUCGAUAUGAUCAUCGAGACACAGAAAUACUCGAAUCCGAACAAUACGAUUAAAUUUAGCGAUAACAGUAGCGCGAUCAAGGGAUAUCGAACAGAAACGUUACGUCCAGGCAAGACUCACGUGUGCAGUCCCUUCCACCUGGUGAAUGUGGACCAAGAUUUAAUAUUCACUGCGGAAACUCACAAUUUCCCAACCGGAGUUGCUCCGUUUAGCGGAGCUACAACUGGGACCGGAGGAAGAUUGAGAGAUAUCCAAGGAAUAGGCAGAGGAGGACAUUACAUUGCCGGAACCGCAGGUUACUCGGUUGGCAACCUGCAUAUUCCAGGGUAUGAUUUACCAUGGGAAAAGAAUUCGCUGUAUCCUAGUAACAUGGCUUCUCCGUUGGAAAUAAUAAUCGAAGCUAGCAACGGAGCGUCCGAUUAUGGGAACAAGUUUGGCGAACCAGUCGUAGCUGGGUUUGCUCGUUCGUUUGGUACGACGGAUGAGAACGAUGUGCGGCGCGAGUGGAUUAAGCCGAUAAUGUUCAGCGGAGGAUUGGGUACCAUGGAUGCGGACAUGUCCCAGAAAAUCCCGCCAGGAAAAGGUAUGGAAGUGGUAAAAAUCGGUGGUCCCGUUUAUAGAAUAGGCGUGGGAGGCGGUUCGGCCAGUUCUAUCGAGGUGCAAGGCGAUAACAAAUCGGAAUUGGAUUUUGGAGCUGUGCAACGAGGGGAUCCGGAAAUGGAACAGAAGUUGAACAGGAUGGUUCGCGCUUGUACCGAGAUGGGAUCGCGAAAUCCUAUUCUCAGCAUACACGACCAAGGCGCCGGAGGCAACGGCAACGUCUUGAAAGAGUUAGUAGAGCCCGCGGGUGCGGUGAUAUUCGCGAAGAAGUUUGAAUUGGGCGACCCGAGUAUCAGUACCAUGGAGCUUUGGGGCGCCGAGUAUCAGGAGAACGACGCUAUUCUCUGCAGAUCGCAGGACACCGAUCUACUUAAAGAAAUAGCGGUUCGAGAGAAGUGUCCUGUGAAUUUCGUAGGGACAGUUACGGAAGAUGGAAAGAUUAUUCUUUCGGAGGAGGAGGAUUGCGAUCCAUCAAAAUAUUUAAAUGCGAAUUACAAGUACGAGACAAGGCAUCCGGUCGAUUUGGAGUUGGAACUGGUGCUUGGAAAGAUGCCUCGAAAGACGUUCAAUCUCAAAAGACUAGCAGUUCGGUUACCUCCUAUGAAACUGCCAAACGUAACUGUGGAAGCUGCCUUGGAAAGAGUAUUACGUUUGCCGUCGGUAGCGAGCAAACGCUAUUUGACUAACAAGGUUGAUCGUUGCGUUACCGGGUUGAUCGCGCAGCAACAGUGCGUCGGGCCGCUGCACACUCCCGUUGCAGACGUUGCUGUAACAGCGAUCUCUCAUUUCUCCACGGUUGGUAUAGCAACUUCGAUUGGGGAACAACCGAUAAAGGGUCUGGUCGAUCCAGCGGCCGGAGCUCGCAUGUCCGUGGCAGAAGCGCUGAGUAACUUGGUCUUCGCACACAUUUCCGAUAUUCAAGAUGUUAAAUGCAGCGGGAAUUGGAUGUGGGCUGCUAAAUUGCCGGGAGAAGGUGCCGCGUUAUACGAGGCGUGUUCCGCGAUGUGUUCGAUCAUGAAGGAAUUAGGAAUCGCGAUCGACGGUGGCAAGGAUUCUCUCAGUAUGGCUGCACGGAUCGGAGAAGACGUCGUGAAAUCGCCAGGGACUCUCGUAGUUUCUUGCUACGCUCCUUGUCCGGACAUUCGUCAAGUAGUCACACCUGAUCUCAAGGCGCCCGCAGCUGGAGAGAACGGUUACGUGCUCUUCGUGGAUUUGUCGAACGGACAGAAUCGAAUCGGUGGCACAGCCUUCGCUCAGGUUUACAAUUCUCUGGGCAACGAAACACCGGACGUGGAUCGUUCUGACACGUUGAAGAACGCUUUCCGAGCUACUCAACGUUUAAUAGCAGAGGGGAAGAUACUGGCAGGACACGAUAUCAGCGACGGAGGACUUAUCGCGUGUCUUUUGGAGAUGUGUUUCGCUGGUAUUUCUGGGAUGAAUCUCAAUAUAUCUCACAAAUCGGGGUCUGCUCUCGAAGUACUCUUCGCCGAAGAACUCGGAUGGAUAUUGGAAGUGAAACAGACGAAUCAUAAUUACGUUUUGGAUGUAUUCAAGCAGUUCAAAGUUCCCGUGUAUCUGAUCGGACGAUCGGAAGGCUUCGGAUUAUCGUCCAAGGUGAAAGUUCGGGUGCAGGAGGAAACGGUUCUGGAUUCGACGGUGUUAUCGUUGAUGUAUUUAUGGGAAGAGACCAGCUAUCAAUUAGAGCGUCGACAGAAGAACGUCGAGUACGCGCUCGAAGAGUUUACUGGACUGAAGGACAGAACUGCGCCAGCUUACAAAUUAACGUUCGAUCCCGAUGUCAGGCCCCAGGUUCCUGUUCGGAAAGCCAACGUUGCUGUUGCUGUGAUAAGGGAGGAAGGCGUAAACGGUGAUAGGGAAAUGGCAGCGACUUUGAUGCGAGCAGGCUUCGAAGUUUGGGACGUAACGAUGCAGGAUUUGUUGCGAGACAAAAUUACUUUCGACAGAUUCAGGGGUGUCGUGUUCCCUGGUGGUUUCAGCUACGCAGACGUACUGGGCUCUGCGAAAGGAUGGGCAGCGAGCCUUUUAUUCCAUCCGUCUCUACGGAAGCAAUUGAAAGGAUUUAUUUCGCGCGAGGACACGUUCAGCUUGGGAGUUUGCAACGGCUGUCAACUGAUGUCUCUGUUAGGAUGGAUAGGAACUGAAAAUGACGAAGAGGCGAACGUUUUCCUGGAUCACAACGCGUCGGAGAGAUUCGAGUGCCGGUGGAGUACCGUAAAGAUUGAGAAAUCACCGUCGAUCAUGUUAAAUGGUAUGGAAAACAGCGUGUUAGGAGUGUGGAUCGCUCAUGGCGAGGGAAGGUUUACGUUCCGUAACCACGAGGUUUUAGAGAAACUGAAGAGAAGUCAUUGUCUGGCUAUUAAAUACGUGGAUGAUUACGGUAAUCCGACUGAACGGUAUCCACUUAAUCCUAAUGGAAGCACAGAGGGUAUCGCUGGUAUCUGCUCCACGGAUGGCCGACACUUGGCGGUGAUGCCACACCCCGAGCGUUGUACGGAAAUAUGGCAAUGGCCCUGGAAGCCCACCGACUGGAAAUACGUCAAUUCACCAUGGCAGCGUAUUUUCGACAACGCUUACGCGUGGUGCGUGUCGAAAUGUUGAUCGAUCACAUUGUGCGUUUUGCGAAAGUGCGUACGUACACGCACUCUCCUCCUUUUUUUUUCUUUCAAUAAACUAUCGCGUCACCACGCCGUUUGACAAGUCUUACACUAUUACGGAUCAAAAAUCGUUUAUUUCCUAAAGUACGGUAACGUUGUUUUAUCAAAUAUGAAAAAAAUAGUGUGAUUAAAGUUCGUUGCUACUUA